AAGGGCAAUCGGAGUCUGUCGGUGAGGUGAGGAGAGGAGGGGGUGGGCGGAAAAGUGACGCCGACAAACAGUGUACACACACACACACACUCACAAGCCGUAGCUGAGACAUCGGCCGGGGGGGAAAUCAGGUUUCUUUUCUUUUUUUUUCCUUCUUUACUUUCUAUUCAUUUAGACUCUGCCAAUUCAGCUUGUUGCUGUCGGCGUCUCGAAAUGAUUCUAUCUUGAGUCACCACUGCGAGCCUGUUGUGUAGGCUCACGCGGCGCGAUUUUGACAGUCCGGGGGUCGCAGCGAUCCACCUCCACCACCUACCGAGCGGCUAGCACUAGCCCCUGACUCAACUUGAAAGGGAGAGAGUUGGGGGGCGAGGGAGUCUUCAACGCGGAGCCUUCUGCAUUCGAUCCAGCAAAAAAGGGCUCCGGAGUGGAAGAGCGACCAUGUUGCUGCACUGAGUCGUAGGGAGACACACGAGAGGCCCCAGAGGAGAGCUGAAGUGGUGGCCGGCCUGCUGGUGUGCUCCUCCCCCUCCUCCCCCCUGACUGGCUAAGGCUUACUAUGGCCUGCACUUGGCCUCCUGCUGCAGUCCAUCCCAGUACACAACCUUAGUGGCUUGCAUCUUCACCCCACCGCACCUUCCUCUCCAGAGUUUCCCGGCCACGCGCGGACAGACGAUCUGAUAGCACCCAAAGAAGCUCCUGGGUCCUGCACCCAACCCCCUCCCCGUCUCCCACCCUCUCCCUCUCCCUCUCCCAGAAGAUGUCAGUCAGCCUGACCCCAGACAUCCAGAAGGAGGGAGAGAGUGGGCCACUCAUCGAGCCCUGCGGUCGAGGAAAGACCUCUCCUCAGCCACAGGGCCCCAAGGAAGGCACAGGAGAAGGUCUGGAACCUGAAGAUGGCUCCCCACAGGACGUACAGAAACGGGCUCCUAACCACAGUCACGGCAGGAAGAGGGCCAAGUCAAACGCAAAACUGAAGCUGGUGAGGAGUCUGGCAGUUUGUGAGGAGUCUUCUGGUCCCUUUGCCAACGAUGGCCCUCCAGAAUCGGAUAUCAUCCAGCUUCACAUCAGCUGUCCGUCAGAUAAGGAAGAGGAGAAGUCCUCUAAGGAGGACUAUGAAAAUGAAGAGAAGGAGAAGAAGGACAAGGGUCCACGGAAGAUGUUGUCACGUGACUCCAGUCAGGAAUACACUGAUUCCACGGGUAUCGACGUGCACGAGUUUCUGGUCAACACACUGAAAAACAAUCCCAGGGAUCGAAUGAUGCUGCUCAAACUAGAACAAGAUAUCCUGGAGUUCAUUAAUGACGACAAUAACCAGUACAAGAAGUUUCCUCAGAUGACAUCAUAUCACCGCAUGCUGCUGCAUCGCGUGGCCGCCUACUUUGGCAUGGAUCACAACGUUGAUCAGACGGGCAAGGCGGUCAUCAUCAACAAGACUGGCAACACGCGCAUCCCUGAACAAAGGUUCUCGGAGCACAUCAAGGAUGAGCGCAACAUGGACUUCCAGAAGAAAUUCAUUCUCAAGAGAGAUGAUGCCAGCAUGGACAAGGAUGAUAAUCAGAUCCGAGUGCCACUGCAGGACGGCCGGCGUAGCAAAUCCAUCGAAGAGCGAGAGGAAGAAUAUCAGCGGGUACGAGACCGGAUCUUUGCCCGAGAAGUGUCCUUUUUCUUACAGUCCUCUCAAAAUGGAUACAUCAAUGACAACCGACUUUCCACCGAGGGCUACUGCUCUAGCUCUCAAAAGAGGAGGCAGAUCUUUAGGGGAAACCGCGAUAGCUCCAGCCGGGCGUCCAGCAGUCGUCAGAGCAGCACGGACAGCGACAUGAAAUGCUUGGAGCCGCGGCCCUGGAGCAGCACCGACUCGGACAGCUCCAACCGCACGCUGCGGCCUCCCGUUACCAAGGCCAGCAGCUUUUCUGGCAUCUCCAUCUUGACUCGCGGGGACAGCCUCGGCAGCAAUAAAGGCUCACAGGGAAGCUGCAAAGGCUCUCGCUCUGCCUCCCAGUCCAGCCGUAGCUUGCUCCCCUGCCCGACGCAGCCGCCGCCUCAGCAGGCGCAGCCGCAGGCCCUUCCUCAGGCUGCCCUGCUGCCGACGCCGCAGCAACACCCCAUGGGCAACCACAUCAUCGCUCAGCCCGUAGCAUCUCUGCAGCCCUCUCAGCCUGUCUCCUACUCCAGCCCCUCCUGCCCCCAGGUUCUCCUGCCAGUUUCUCCUCCCCAGCAGUACACAAUGGGAGAAGAACUGGCGCCCCAAUUUGGCCAAAUGACGCUGAGCCGCCAGGGCUCCAGCGAGAACCCUGAGCCAUCCUCCUUGUACCAGGCUCCGCCAACUGUCCUCUCUCAGCAUCCCCCUCAAACCAGCUACAUCAUGGCGACUACCGGGCAGCCCAUGCCUCCGCCGUCUGGCUACCAGCCUGCCACGGGACAUCCCCACCCUCCACCGCCGCCUCCUCCUCCGUCUCAGCCCGUCAUGCAGGCGGCACCCCCGCAAGGCUACAUGCAGCCACCUCCCCCCCAGCAGAUUCAAGUUACAUACUACCCCCCUGGUCAGUAUUCCAGUUCAGGCCAGCAGUACCGUGUGGCCCAGCCCAUGUCCCACCAGGUGUCUUACCCCGCUCAGCGCACGCAGCCCAUUCCUCAGCCUGCACAACAGUCAGGUCUUCAGACUAUGAUGCCCAGCCAGCAGGCCAGCUACCAGGGCAUGUUGGGAGUGCAGCAGCAGCAAAACCCAGCUCUGCUCAACUCUCAGAGAGCUGGCAUUGGAGGACAAAUGCAAAGUAUCAUGGUGCAGUAUCCACAGAUGCCAUCUUAUCAGGUGCCUGUGGGGAACGAGAGUCAGCAGGUGGUGCAGCAGCAGUACCAGCAGCAGGUGAUGGUGCCGGUCAGUCAGUCGGUCCAGGGCCCCAUGCCGGUUUUCUACAGUGUUAUCACACCCACACAGCAGAACAGCACAAGCCCAUCAGUAGGCUACCUGCAGCCCCCCAGCUCUGAACAGUAUCAAAUCACCCCAUCGCCAUCUCCCUGCAACCCACAACAGUUACAGCAGCAAUAUUCAGGAGUCCCGCCUCCUGGUCCCGGAGUCAUGGUAAUGCAGCUCAGCGUCCCUAAUGGACCCCAGCCUUCCCAGAAUCCCCCACUGGUCCAGUGGAACCCGUGCAAGUACUACAGCAUAGAGCAAAGACCCGGCAAGCCGGGAGAACUUUACAAAGCUGACAACACUCCACAGGCAAACACCCAGCUGACGAGUCCUCUGGCCUCUCCGACUCAGUCUCCCGCGCCGUCUCCCUCUGGCAACGUCAACAACGUCUGUCCAGGCCUGGGACCACUACCGCUCAUUCCCCAGUUUCCACGGCCAGGAGGGACGGCUCCAGGUGACGGCCGCUACUCCUUAUUGGGGCAGCCCCUCCAGUACAGCCUGUGCCCUCCUCAGCUCAUGCAUGGCCAGUCGUCAUACACCUCCCAUCAGGGCCAAGGAGUCAUGAAACACGGUGCACGAGGCAAGAAGCAAACGCUCAAAUCGGCAUCUACUGAUCUGGGCACCACUGAUGUUGUGGUGAGUCGUGUGCUGGAAGUAACGGACCUGCCCGAAGGGAUUUCGCGUCCAGAUGCCGAAAAACUCUUCAACCAGCUGUCGCUGUGUGGUGCCAAGAUCCAGUGGCUGAAGGAGCCUCAGGGAGGCCGAGGAGGCUGCGGACCCGCCGGGGCCGCCGGCAUGGCGGGCAGCUGUGUCGGCGGCGACCCGGCCCACCUGUACACGGUGGUGGCCGUGUUCCCCAGCACCAUGGCCGCCCAGAGUGCUUCCUUCAAACUGAACAACAGCGCGGCCGGCCUUUUCAAACUGAGGGCCGCCAAAAAGAACUAUGACCUGCGCGUGCUGGAGAGAGCCAGUUCUCAGUGAGACGAAGACAAAUAAGCGGACUCUUGGCAUGGAGCAGAGGAAAAAGGAUGGAAGACUGAGGUGGGUCGGAGGGGGGGGGGGGGUGUUAAGUGCUCUUGGUGUACAAUUAUAAUAGAUAAAAAAAACUUAAACGUGUCAGAUGUAUAAAAAGGGAAGGUGUGACUCUCUUGAGGUGGUCGGUGUUUGAUUUCACUAUGAUUUAGUCCUUGGUUUUUAUUCCUCGUCUUUUGUAUUUAGAUAGCGGAAGAGCACACGGGACACGCACGCAUGCGUUUCACCCUUCAAAUUUGUGCUGCCAUCAUACACAAAAUGCGAUCUCACACGCUACAGGAGACAUACAUGCUCACAACGGGCUCACGUAGCACACAAAAAGAAAACACACUGGACAGUCGACUUCAGGCAAAUCUUUUCGUCCUCCACCUUUGCAUCCUUUCUUCUUCCAGUGCUUUUCUUGUCACCAAUCAUCUGCCACCUCUUCAAUUUACACAUUCUCUCUCUUGAGUCCAUCUCGCCAUGUCUCAUGCUGCUCUGCACUUUCUUUCUUUCUUUCUUUCUUUCUUUCUUUCUUUCUUUCUUUCUUUCUUUCUUUCUUUCUUUCUUUCUUUCUUUCUUUCUUUCUUUCUUUCUUUCUUUCUUUCUUUCUUUCUUUCUUUCUUUCUUUCUUUCUUUCUUUCUUUCUUUCUUUCUUUCUUUCUUUCUUUCUUUCUUUCUUUCUUCUCCGUUCGCCUUACUGCUGUUGUGGGGUUCUGUAUUGCGCUCUUUUCGGGGGAGGGAGAGGGUUCAAUAUAUUUAUAUAAGUGAUGUAAGGAAUAAAGAAAUCUAUAUAUUCAGUGAUCUUUUUUUUUUUUUCUUGCUACCCGAGUGAAAACAUUUUUUUUGCCUUUCCCCCCCCCCCCCCUCC